CUGAGAUAGCCAGUGCCGCUCCCGCCUGGCACCAGGCGACUACCCUCUUCGGGCGCUCCCUUCCCAUCCCCAGACUCAGGCACCUGGACCGACCCACAGACGGCAGGACACGGCCAUGGCCGGGCUCCUGGGGUCUUUUCUCUGCGGCGCCCUGCUGGGUUUGGUCUGCGUGAGUGCCCCCGGGCGAGCCGUGGAGGUGAAGGUGCCCGCCGAGCCGCUGAGCACGCCCGUGGGCCAGACCGUCGAGCUGACCUGCAGCUACAGCACGUCAGUGGGGGACAACUUCGCCCUGGAGUGGAGCUUUGUGCAGCCUGGGAAGCCCGUCUCUGCGUCACAGCCCAUUCUGUACUUCACCAGCGGCCAUCUGUAUCCAACUGGUUCUAAGGCAAAGCGGGCCAGCCUGCUUCAGAAUCCCCCCACGGGAGGAGUAGCCACCCUGAAACUGACGGAUGUCCACCCCUCGGAUACUGGCACCUACCUCUGCCAUGUGAACAACCCGCCAGAUUUCUACACCAAUGGGCUGGGGCUGAUCAACUUCACUGUGCUGGUGCCCCCAAGUAGUCCCUUGUGCAGUCAGAGUGGGCAGACCUCUGUGGGAGGUGCUGCUGCACUGAGAUGCAGCUCUUCCCAGGGAGCUCCCAGGCCAGUGUACAACUGGGUGCAUCUUGGAUCUUCUCCUACGCCUUCUCCUGGCAGCAUGGUGCAAGAUGAGGUGUCUGGCCAACUCAUUCUCACCAACCUCUCCCUGACCUCUUCGGGCACCUACCGCUGUGUGGCCACCAACCAGCUGGGCAGUGCAUCCUGUGAGCUGACCCUCUCUGUGACUGACUCCUCUAAAGGCCGAGUGGCUGGGGCUCUGAUAGGAGUGCUGAUGGGCGUGCUGGUCCUGUCAAUUGCUGCAUUUUGCCUGAGCAAGUUCCAGAAAGAGAGGCGGAAGAGGCCCAAGGCCACAUAUGGGGGUAGUGACCUCUGGGAAGAUGCCAUGGCUCCUAGGAUAUCUGAGCAAACUUCUGUGAAGGCCAAAUCUCGCAAUGGGCUCCUGGAGAGGACCCCAUCUGCCAGCACUGUGACGACCACCAAGUCCAAGUUCCCUACGGUUGUCUGAGUUCUCUCCCGAUCCCUGGCGGGGGGGCGGGGCAGGGAGGCUGAGUGGGAAUAUCAAUAAAGUCUUUGGGUACCA